UCUGAACCCACCAAUAUUUUCUCAAACACUUCCACAAUUUCCCUCUCAUACGAAUUUCUUUUUCUCAAACAAUUCUCUAAAAAAACCCCAAAAAUAAUAUGGAUUUCUUCCAUACCCAAAACCUACAAAAGACCCAACCAAAACACCAAAACAACAACAAAAGAAGGCUAACACAAGAACAAGUUAGGCUUCUAGAGAGAACUUUCACUACUAACAAGAAACUUGAGCCUGAGCUCAAACUCCAACUCUCAAACCAACUAGGAGUACCACCAAGACAAAUUGCUAUUUGGUACCAAAACAAGAGAGCAAGAUGGAGGACACAAAGCUUAGAGCUUGACUAUAAUACACUUCAAGUGAAGCUUGAAAAUGCAGUGGUUGAUAAAAGAAGAUUAGAGAGAGAAGUUUUGCAACUUAAAGAAGAGUUAAGGAAGGUUCAAGAAAUGUUGUUUUCUUUAAAUCAUGGAAUCAUUCCUCCUCCUACUCAUUAUCAUCAUCAUCUUCCUCCUAAUGUUUCUUGCAACUCUUCUUGUGAUGAAGGUGGUAGCUCUAGUUUGCAUGAAGAUGUCAAUGGUGAGGUUUUGCAACUUGAUGAGCUUUAUGCUUGUUUCAUUGGUUCUAAUGGUGGAGUAUCAAGUUGGGCUUCAUAAAACAAGUUUCUCUGGCCAUAAGUGUACUUUGUUAGUACCCUAUCAAGAUUUUGGUAUGUUUAAAAAUAUACAUAUAUAUUUAACUAUUGGACCAGUACUUCAGUGCUUGAAUAUCUAUUUUAUAAUAUUAAAAAUUGAAUAUUUUUAAAUUAAUAAUUCAAAGAUCAGAGUGCUUACUUAUAAUAUUAACGGUUAAUAAAUUAUUUGUAAUCCAUGGUAAAAGCAUGGAUAUAGCUUGUUUUCCAACUUGUAUAAAUGCAUCAAGCAAGUGGCACUUGUGUGCACAUAUUUUAAACCAGUGUUACUCCAAUGGAUGUUUAUGGUUCAAUGUCAAACAACCAAAUUUUCUUGGUGUUA